AUGUCGAAGGUUUCACGUGAAGCUCUCAACGAGGCUGUGGCUGAUGUCCUCAAGGGCGCUCAGGAGAAGAAGAGGAAGUUCCGUGAGACUGUAGAGCUCCAAAUUGGCCUCAAGAACUACGAUCCCCAAAAGGACAAGCGUUUCAGCGGCGCCGUCAGGCUGAAGAGCGUUCCCCGACCGGCCAUGAAGGUGUGCGUUUUUGGAGAUCAGCAUCAUUUGGAUGAGGCCAAUGCAAACGGAAUCCCAUGCAUGAGCGCUGAUGACCUCAAGAAACUGAACAAGAACAAGAAGCUGAUCAAGAAGCUCGCAAAGAGUUACGAUGCAUUCCUCGCUUCUGAGUCACUUAUUAAGCAGAUUCCUCGUAUUAUUGGACCUGGUCUCAACAAGGCUGGAAAAUUCCCUUCGGUUGUUUCACACGGGGAACCGCUAUCAGUGAAGGUUGAGGAGAUCAAGGCUACAAUCAAAUUCCAGAUGAAGAAGGUGCUCUGUCUUUCUGUGGCAGUAGGACAUGUUGAAAUGACUCAAGAAGAGCUUGUUUCGAAUAUAUCUCUAUCGAUCAACUUCCUCGUGUCCCUCUUGAAGAAGAACUGGCAGAACGUGCGCUCGUUGAACAUCAAAUCUACUAUGGGCAAAGCUCAACGUCUAUAUUAA